AUGUCGGAAUACUGGAAAUCUACGCCUAAAUACUGGUGCAAGCACUGUUCGUGCUACGUGCGCGACACCAAAAUCGAGAAGGCCAACCACGAGGCCACUGCAAAGCAUCAGGGCGCUUUGAAACGCUCGCUACGAGAUCUACACCGCAACCACGAAAGAGAAGAGCGCGAGAAGGAAAGGGCAAGACAGGAGAUUGCCAGACUCAAUGGCGUUGUCGGCGGGUCGUCCUCAGCUGGUCCUUCGGGAGCUUCAACGAAGCCUUCAGGACCGUCAGAGUCGCAGUUGAAGACCCAACGGGAGCAGCUCGCAGCCAUGGGAGUGGCAAUGCCAACCGAUUUCCGACCUGAAAUGGCUCUUCCUGGAGAAUGGACAGUGACCAAAACGACCGUUAUUGAAGAAACGAACGAGGCGGACGGCGAGACAAAGAUUGAGGCCAAGGCAACUGGUAUUAGAAAACGCGAAGAGACGGAAGAGCAGAAGGAAGAAGAGGAAGCUAUGCGAGGACUUUUCAAGAAGCCGAGAAGAUGGGGCCGCGACUCCAAGACCAUGCCGGACGACGAAGACGAAGAUUUGGAUGCGCUGCUGAGUUCAGCAGUGCCGUUAAAGGCAGAAGCAGCCGAGGAGAGGGGCGCAGUGAAGAAGGAAGAAGAUGUUGAAGAUGACGAUUCUUCCGAGGCAAGAAAACCCAAAACGGAAGAUGUCUCUAUCAAAGCAGAGCCCGACACCGGAGCGCAGGAUCAGCAGCCAUCCAUCAAACGGGAAGCAGUUGUCAAGGCCGAGGAGGCAGAGGAGUCGAGCGGCAUCACGCCGGUGGUCUUCAAGAAGCGCAAACCAAAGGGGAUCCGAAGCAAAUGA